AUGUAUUAUUGUGAAGAUUGUGAUACGUUCUUCGACAAUCAACAACAGAAUGCGUUAGAACGUGCUACUGAAUGGGUUGUACAUCGUUUGGAAGUUCAUGGGACGGAAUUUAAAGAGAAUUGUGCUACUAUUAUUGAAAAAAUUUUUGCUUCUCCAACUCAUCAUCCAUAUUUGACCACAAUUAAGCGUGAAAAACAAGAAAUUUUGUCGGACAAUGAAGAUAAUACUGAAGAAGACGAUGUUGAGUGGAAGGUCUAUAAGAAGAGGAAGGAUGAGGACGAUUCGUUUAACCCUUCACCUAAGAAAAAUGGCAAAAAGAGAAAGAAGAUGAUGGUUAAGAAGAGUAAUAGUUGUGCUGGGGGAAGUGGUGGGGGAAGUUCUGUUAAAGUUAAAAAAGAAAUUUGA